AGGGAGGGGCAGGCCCUGCAGUUGGCCUCUCCGGGCCCCGGAGACCCUCUUCGCCCCGCCCCGCUUUUAGCUUGGACUGUGGAGGGCUCCUUAGUGUUGGGGGCUUGGGCGGGCGGCGGGGGCAGGGGGGUGUCGAUUUCCGGUCUCUUUUGCUGUCAUUUCACCGAUGACGUCCAGGGUUGCAGGGUCCUUUUUGGAAGCUCUUGCCGUCAUCGCUGACUUGGGCAAUGGGGCCGGUGGGGUUUGGGGGCGGAAGAGACCCUCGGGGUUGAGAAGUAUGUGGUGGCCUUUCGUCCCCUGUAAAACAUUGUCACACGGUGUGGGGCGGCAGCGCUGGAUCUUUGCAAGUUAAGUAGGCGCUGGCGUUGUUUACUUGUCACCUUCUCUGUAUGUUUUUUCCCUCAUUUUCCCUACCCUUGGGGCUAGUGAGUCUCCAACCUCUGUGCCCAUUGUGUGAUUCUGCCUUGAUGACGCUAUUUUGGCAUUCUGCUGGAUAUAUGUUCGUAAAUACCAAAGUCGGCGGGAAAGUGAAGUUGUCUCCACCAUAACAGCAAUUUUUUCUCUAGCAAUUGCUCUUAUCACAUCAGCACUUCUACCAGUGGAUAUAUUUUUGGUUUCUUACAUGAAAAAUCAAAAUGGUACAUUUAAGGACUGGGCUAAUGCUAAUGUCAGCAGACAGAUUGAGGACACUGUAUUAUACGGUUACUAUACUUUAUAUUCUGUUAUAUUGUUCUGUGUGUUCUUCUGGAUCCCUUUUGUCUACUUCUAUUAUGAAGAAAAGGAUGAUGAUGAUACUAGUAAAUGUACUCAAAUUAAAACGGCACUCAAGUAUACUUUGGGAUUUGUUGUGAUUUGUGCACUGCUUCUUUUAGUUGGUGCCUUUGUUCCAUUGAAUGUUCCCAAUAACAAAAAUUCUACAGAGUGGGAAAAAGUGAAGUCCCUAUUUGAAGAACUUGGAAGUAGUCAUGGUUUAGCUGCAUUGUCAUUUUCUAUCAGUUCUCUGACCUUGAUUGGAAUGUUGGCAGCUAUAACUUACACAGCCUAUGGCAUGUCUGCGUUACCUUUAAAUCUGAUAAAAGGCACUAGAAGCGCUGCUUAUGAACGUUUAGAAAACACUGAAGACAUUGAAGAAGUAGAACAACACAUUCAAACGAUUAAAUCAAAAAGCAAAGAUGGUCGACCUUUGCCAGCAAGGGAUAAACGCGCCUUAAAACAAUUUGAAGAAAGGUUACGAACACUUAAGAAGAGAGAGAGGCAUUUAGAAUUCAUUGAAAACAGCUGGUGGACAAAAUUUUGUGGCGCUCUGCAUCCCCUGAAGAUCGUCUGGGGAAUAUUUUUCAUCUUAGUUGCAUUGCUGUUUGUAAUUUCUCUCUUAUUGUCAAAUUUAGAUAAAGCUCUUCAUUCAGCUGGAAUAGAUUCUGGUUUCAUAAUUUUUGGAGCUAACCUGAGUAAUCCACUGAAUAUGCUUUUGCCUUUACUACAAACAGUUUUCCCUCUUGAUUAUAUUCUUAUAACAAUUAUUAUUAUGUACUUUAUUUUUACUUCAAUGGCAGGAAUUCGAAAUAUUGGCAUAUGGUUCUUUUGGAUUAGAUUAUAUAAAAUCAGAAGAGGUAGAACCAGGCCCCAAGCACUCCUUUUUCUCUGCAUGAUACUUCUGCUUAUUGUCCUUCACACUAGCUACAUGAUUUAUAGUCUUGCUCCCCAAUAUGUUAUGUAUGGAAGCCAAAAUUACUUAAUAGAGACUAAUAUAACUUCUGAUAAUCAUAAAGGCAAUUCAACCCUUUCUGUGCCAAAGAGAUGUGAUGCAGAUGCUCCUGAAGAUCAGUGUACUGUUACCCGGACAUACCUAUUCCUUCACAAGUUCUGGUUCUUCAGUGCUGCUUACUAUUUUGGUAACUGGGCCUUUCUUGGGGUAUUUUUGAUUGGAUUAAUUGUAUCCUGUUGUAAAGGGAAGAAGUCGGUUAUUGAAGGAGUAGAUGAAGAUUCAGACAUAAGUGAUGAUGAGCCCUCUGUCUAUUCUGCCUGACAGCCUUCUGUCUUAAAGGUUUUAUAAUGCUGACUGAAUAUCUGUUAUGCAUUUUUAAAGUAUUAAACUAACAUUAGGAUGAGCUAACUAGCUUUCAUCAAAAAUGGGAGCAUGGCUAUAAGACAACUAUAUUUUAUUAUAUGUUUUCUGAAGUAACAUUGUAUCAUAGAUUAACAUUUUAAAUUACCAUAAUAAUGCUAUGUAAAUAUAAGACUACUGGCUUUGUGAGGGAAUGUUUGUGCAAAAUUUUUUCCUCUAAUGUAUAAUAGUGUUAAAUUGAUUAAAAAUCUUCCAGAAUUAAUAUUCCCUUUUGUCACUUUUUGAAAACAUAAUAAAUCAUUUGUAUCUGUGC